UUUGCCCCUUGACAACGACAAAACAAUUCUGUUUGUUUUGUCUUGAGAGACAGUAUUUUUGUUUUGAAAGGGCUCUUUGUGUCAUUUGAGAUAGGCACUAAAUUACAUACGCAAAUCUGGGACUUUUUGUUUUUUCCCCCCCAGGCAGUGUUUUACAGAAAAUGCUUUCCAAAGGGUGCAUUCAAAUUUAGAAACAUAAGUUGUCACUUGUUGCGACAGAGGGCUGGUGCUUUUCUUUUGACGAGUUAUACGUCAAGCAGUCAUGUCAAUAAGACACACCUUACACAGAUUGCAUCACUUCUGAUUGCUUCGAUUACUUAGCACAUACAGAGAACAACACCAAUACAGAGAGCAACACCUUCAGAAGCUCUGCGCAACAGAUAGCAAGGAAUUUGGAUGCCGCUACUGAUCCUACCGCGCCAUGGAAAAUAACUUUCGAGCAACAGGAGUGCCCCCUGGCCUAGAGUACCUAACACAGCUCGAUCAAAUCUUGAUCCAUCAGAAAGUGGAACUGCUGGAGGCCAUCACUUCCUUUGAGACUAAAAACCGGUAUGUAAUCAAGAACAGUUUGGGACAGGAAAUCUACACGGCCAAGGAGGAUAGUGACUGCUGCACCCGGAACUGCUGCGGUCCCAACCGCAUGUUUGAGAUGAAGAUCAAAGACCACAGUGGCCAGGAGGUCAUGCACCUGGUCAAGCCCUUCCGCUGCACCUCCUGCUUCUGGCCCUGCUGCCUGCAAGAGAUGGAGGUCCAAUCCCCUCCUAGCACCACCAUAGGUUAUGUGGUUCAGAACUGGCAUCCCUUCAAGCCAAAACUGUCCAUCCUAGGAGCUGCCAAAGAGACUCUCCUGACGAUUGAAGGUCCUUUCUGUGCCUGUAGCUGCUGUGGAGAUGUUGAUUUUGAGGUGAUGGGCAAGGACAGCGACCAGCCCAUUGGGAGAAUAAGUAAGCAGUGGAGUGGGCUGAUAAAGGAGGCCUUCACUGACUCAGACAACUUUGGGAUCCAGUUCCCCAUGGACCUGGAUGUCAAGAUGAAGGCUGUGCUGAUGGGGGCCUGCAUCCUUAUUGAUUUCAUGUUCUUUGAAAGCAGUGGUGACGGUGAUCAACGGUGUUCUGUAUUUGGAUGAGAGAGAAAGUUUUUGAUCAUGUACAAAUUACAUGAUACUAUAAUUUAUAAUGACAUGGCUAUUGGAUGCAUAGGAAUCACAUAACAUGACAUUUAAGACAAAACAAAUAUGUCCUUUAUUAAUUCUAUAUAUUAAUCUGUAUUCAAACAUUUGUAACACUGUGUGGGCUUUUUCUUUUGAAAAUAUUGAAAUGUCAUGUAAUAAUAUUGGGUCUCUCAUGUAAAGGAUGAAGCACAUUCUCAAAUAUAGCUGCGAGCAGCAAUGAAUGGGGUUCACUGAAUGACAGAAAGGACACAAGAUCAGUUGAAUAACAAAGCAAGCACUCUAUCAUGUAUGAAUUAUCAUAAUUUAUGUGCAAUCAGUAAAAGUAUUACCAUGUU